GACGCGCCUGUCGCCGUGGUACUUCUAUGGCUAAGUACUUGGGGCUGAAGUUGCCCUGAACUUGCUCACAUCAUUUCACUCAGUGCAGUAUCAGCGGGACGGUCUCGGCUGAUUGCAUUGGUUGUACCUGGUACUCAGCAUUAUGGGUUCUGUCCUGAGCCACGCCACCAUCGACACUGCUGUCGUGGUCAUUGUCACUGUGGCAUGUACUACGCUAGCGUACACAUUCGCCUUGCGUUUCACCCCAGCCGGUUCUGGUACGCAGCUCGCCGACGCCAACUCUUCACAGCAACCAUCGAUAGCGGGGACCAAUUCCAAGAGGAAGAAACGAGGUACCAAGAGUCAGACGGAUGCUGGCGCUGCGGAGGACAUACAGUCGGACCCAAAGUCAUCCCGUGCAGGGGAACGGCGGGUCGUCUCCAAGGCACAGCCCUCUAAGCCAGAUCCGGCCGCUACUCCGUCUCCGAAGGUCGUUCCCGGUGAUUUUGAGACACAAAUUGAGACUAGUGCGAGUGCUGGCAAUGCAGCAGCACACAGCUCUCAGGAACCAGAUGUCGCAAAGGCCAAAAGGGGGAAAAAGAAGAAGCUCAAGGCGAAUCUUGUACAUCCUGACUCGGGAGCCCCUAUAGAGGAUCACUCUACCAAAGGCAUUUCUCGUGAGCAACUGAUGUUGCGGGAGUCUGAUGGACGGUCGAGCUCGGCAGUUUCUACGGUCAAAUCUGAGGACACCGAGCCCAAUCACCAACAACAGCGAGAACGAUUACUAAACCCGGAGACCUCGCUGAAACGCGAGCCGCAGCUGCAGUCGUCGUCCUCCUUUGACACGGAUGGUUCAUGGACCCGUGUGGGAUCACAUAGCCCCAAGGAAUCUGAUGGCAAAGCGGGCGUGAGCGUGGCUGUAUCGACUGACUUCACGAGUAGUGAUGUUGGGGCCUCCGCUGCUGGCGAGUCAUUUGUAGCGGAAAUUAUGGAUGAAGAUAUUGGUGACCCCACUGAUGGGAAUGUGGCAGAAACUCGUCGCACGCUCGCCGAAAAACUUAUUCCCAAACCUCGCCGAACAGGUGUAGAAGACAUGUUGCAGAAACCUGAUGUGCCUGCUCUAGCUAGAGUUAUGCGCGUGGUGCCUCGGGCCGAUGGACUACAGGUGCAAGGAUCUACCUGGGAAAACUUUGAGGACGAUGCAACACCACGUACCACUGUUAACGAUACUGACGGAGAAGACGACGGUGGAUGGGACAUCGUUAAGGGAAAGAGUUCUAGUAAUUUUUUUUUCUGCCACACCUUCACUGUUCCUCACGCCUCGGAAUCAGGAAACCUGGGGACAACGUUGAUUCCGCAGCAAACCACACCCCUUUUACCUCAACUGAGCCCAGAUCGUGCUAUGACCAAGAAGCAGAGACAGAAUGCAAAGAAGAGGGAAGUUGUUAGAGCCGCGAAGGCAGAGGCGGAGGCAACUCGACUAGAGGGUUUGGCCAAGCACAAACGCCAAUUGGAGCGUCAACGGAUCAUCGAGCAAUCCAGAUCGGGUGGUGGUAAACGUCCAAGCGGAGGAAUGCAAGCCAUCGUAGACGAUAAAGGUAAAUUAGUAUGGGAAUGAGGUCACUCUUCUCUGUAGUGCAUGGUAUCCACUUUCUUGGGCUAUCGAUGUUACAGUAAUAAGUAUCAUGCAACCACUCAAUUCAUUUAAUCUGUCACGAAGUAUCUGUAUACGCAAUGGCGACGGAAACGUUGCAGAAACGUGGAAAGAAGAAUUCGCAUCGGUAUGCGGUAGCAAAGGUAUUAACAUCCACCGCAUGGUGUGGAGAGUCCGGGUCGGAUAAUAGUACUUCGGGUGACAUCUUGGGAUCUUGUUCUAAUGCCCGGUGCUCUGGGUUCUAGAAUUUCU